CCUACCGAAACCCAUUCUUCGAAUUCGAAGUACAAAAGGUGCGUUACCAAGCGCUUAAAAUCUUCAUUCUCCAUCCUCCAAGAACUGAGAUCUAGAAAACAUUGCGGGAAUUUCCCAGUUCCUCAAAAUCUUCCUCCGUUUUCACCAUCAGAUACAAAAUUUUGAGGCAAGAGCAUGGCGCCUGGUCCUACACGAAUAGGUCUUGCUGGCUUGGCUGUUAUGGGCCAAAAUCUGGCUCUCAAUAUUGCAGAAAAAGGCUUCCCGAUUUCUGUAUAUAAUCGAACGACAUCCAAGGUUGACGAGACUGUUGAACGAGCAAAAGCUGAAGGAAAUCUCCCUGUAUACGGCUUCCAUGAUCCCAAAUCUUUUAUCAAUUCAAUCCAAAAGCCUCGCGUUGUCAUCAUGCUCGUUAAGGCAGGGGCACCGGUUGAUCAGACCAUAAAUACUCUCUCUGCAUACAUGGAGAAAGGUGAUUGUAUAAUUGAUGGUGGUAAUGAGUGGUAUGAGAACACUGAGAGGAGAGAGAAGGAAAUGACCGAAUUGAGUCUUCUUUACCUCGGGAUGGGAGUCUCGGGUGGCGAAGAGGGUGCCCGAAACGGCCCUUCAUUGAUGCCUGGAGGAUCCUUUGAUGCUUACAAGCACAUCGAAGACAUUCUUCUCAAGGUGGCAGCUCAAGUUCCUGAUAGCGGCCCCUGUGUGACAUAUAUUGGAAAGGGAGGAUCGGGAAAUUUUGUUAAGAUGGUUCAUAACGGAAUUGAAUACGGUGAUAUGCAGCUGAUCUCCGAGGCCUAUGAUGUACUGAAGUCAGCCGGAAAGUUGUCAAACGAUGAACUUCGUGCAGUUUUCUCGGAAUGGAACAAGGGGGAACUUCAAAGCUUCUUGAUUGAAAUCACUGCAGAUAUUUUUGGGAUUAAGGAUGACAAGCGAGAGGGGCAUUUGGUUGAUAAGGUUUUGGACAAGACAGGCAUGAAGGGCACUGGUAAGUGGACUGUUCAGCAAGCUGCUGAGCUCUCUGUUGCAGCUCCUACCAUUGCUUCUUCUCUUGAUGCAAGAUUUCUGAGUGGAUUGAAAGAGGAGAGGGUGGAAGCGUCUAGAAUCUUUCGCUCAAGUAAGUUCGAUGAUAACUUGACUGAGCACAAGGUAAACAAGGAGAAGUUGAUCAAUGAUGUGAGGCAAGCCCUUUUUGCAUCGAAAAUAUGCAGCUAUGCUCAGGGAAUGAAUCUGAUCCGUGCUAAGAGUAUCGAGAAAGGAUGGGGAUUGAAACUGGGGGAGCUCGCUCGGAUUUGGAAAGGUGGUUGCAUCAUCCGAGCCAUUUUCUUGGACCGGAUCAAGAAGGCGUAUGAUAGGAAUCCUGAUCUUGCCAACCUUCUCGUGGACCCAGAGUUCGCUAAGGAGAUCAUCGAGCGACAAUCCGCUUGGCGAAGAGUAGUUAGCCUAGCGAUCAACUCCGGUAUCAGCACUCCUGGCAUGUCUUCAAGUCUUGCUUACUUUGACACUUACAGAAGGGAAAGAUUGCCUGCUAAUCUGGUCCAAGCGCAACGAGACUACUUCGGUGCUCACACAUACGAAAGGAUCGACGUGGAGGGAUCAUUCCACACCGAAUGGUUCAAGAUCGCCAAACAGUCGAAGAUUUAAAUCUUGCUCACCGUCAUUUUGUGUACUUCAAUUUAAUCGAAACUGCUCUGUUAUUCGUCGUGGUUAAUAAUAUAUCUGUUCCGGGACUGUUGAUGAGCAGAGAUUUUACAUUAAAACGCACCACGACUGAAUGAAUGCCUUGUGCUUUUUUAUAUACUGAAAUUUGGGAAUCGCUUCUUCAAUAAUCUUA